AUGGGUCAUCAGAAUUUAUGGUUUUCACAUCCGCGCAAAUAUGGCCCAGGUUCUCGUUCAUGCCGAGUUUGUUCAAAUCAUCAUGGGUUGAUUAGGAAAUACGGACUUAAUAUGUGUCGACGAUGUUUUAGAGAGUAUGCUUCCGAUAUUGGAUUCAGAAAGCUAAAUUGA